AUGUACCCUCAAUACUUACGCUUUCUUAUUUCCAGUAUGAUCGAGAUUCAUUCACUUUCAAAAACACAACGACUACUACAAAACUCCAGAAACGAAUACCAAUGGUACAUCUUUAUAUUUUUCUAUGUUAAAAAUAACUUCGUUUUUCAGUCCAUGGGCUCGUUUCUCGGCCGGCCCAAUCUCAUAAUGUACUGUGCACCUGAGCCAGGGAGCAUCGAUGAAAACUCCAAAUACACUAUCGAUGUUCAAUUUCUAAUCGAUCGAGCUUUGCAUAUCAUGCAAAAAGGCUCUGAAACGCCAAUCUACGCGACAAACUCUUUGGAAAAGUUGGCACUGGGAUUACAGCAAAUCAGAGGUCCACCAGCGAAAAAAGUGAAGAUGUUAUCGAAAAUUGGACAGGAAGAGAUUUUCGCAUUAUGGGAAGAUGAUAUGCUGAGAGUUGCAAAAUGGUUCACCUAUUUUGAUGAGUUCCAACGGCUACCUUCCAAACUACAGCUAGACAUGCUCAAAGGCGUGUGGAACGUGUUUGGACGCCUUGAACGCAUCGCAUCGACCGCGAUCGCCCGCCAACAGAACAUCUGUGGUCAAAGCGUGUUGAUGUCAACUGUCAAUGAGGAUCAUGUAAUGUGCGAUAUAAAAAACUUGGAAGUUGAUUUGUCCUGGUGCUCACGGUACACUUUUGAGCAGUUGAAGUUUUUCGACUCUACGGACCACGAAAAACAACUGGAUCUCUUGGUCCAAGCCAUUUUGAACCUUAAACCUACUGACGUGGAAUUGUCUUACAUGUUGUGUCAGUUGUGUCUUCAUCAAGUUGGGAAAAAGUAUCAAGGAGAGAUUCUAGAAGUCACCGAUCGGUUUCAAGAUGUCCUUUCGGACAACUUGCAUGAUUACUAUACAAAUAGGCAGAAUCUAUCAAACUAUUCUUUAAGAGUGACAAAUAUGAUGAAAAUCAAUAACACAAUUGAGCAAUGCAUCUACCGCGACAAAGUAAAGUCCGACCUAUUUCGAGUUUUCGAUGUGUUCUAUGUCAAAUGUUCUCAUCCGGAUCUGUUUUUGAAUGCUUGA